AUGGCGGCCCCCUUAGUGCGGCGCUGCAUUCUCCUGGCGAGGAAAGUGGCUCUGCCUCAGCUCAGCCCGGCAGGAAAAAGAUGCCUGCUUUCUGCAGCAUAUGUGGACAGCCAGAAAUGGGAAGCCAGAGAGAAAGAACAGUGUCACCUUGCUGAACUAGCAUCUUUAAUGGAUAAAACAUAUGAGAGAAAAUUGCCUGUUAGUUCUUUGACAAUAUCUCGGUUUGUAGACAACAUUUCAUCUCGAGAAGAGAUAGACCACGCAGAGUAUUACCUUUACAAAUUUAGACACAGCCCCAACUGCUGGUACCUGAGAGACUGGACUAUCCACACUUGGAUUAGGCAGUGUCUAAAAUAUGGUGCAGAAGACAAAGCCUUAUACACACUUAUAAAUAAAGUUCAGUAUGGAAUUAUUCCAGAUAACUUUACAUUCAAUAUACUGAUGGAUUAUUUCAUAAAGAAAGAAAAUUACAAAGAUGCUUUAUCAGUGGUUUUUGAGAUCAUGAAGCAAGAAGCCUUUGAAGUGCCUUCUACUCAACUUCUCUCCCUCUAUGUUUUAUACCAUAGCCUGGCAAAGAAGACAGACUUUAGUAUGAGUGUCACAGCCUAUGAUACGGCUCACAUUCAUUUAGCCAGUGAAUAUUUAUUGAGCAUCUACUAUAUUCCAUCCAUUGCCAGGUGCUCUUUCCACAAGGCAUUCUUCCUUUUCGUUUCGGCCACAGGGAAGGUAGAGUUGUGUCGAGGACUGCGGGCCGUGUACCACAACAUGCCUCUAAUGUGGAAACCAGGGUAUCUCAACAGAGCCCUUCAAGUGAUGGAGAAAGUGGCUUCCUCCCCAGAAGACUUAAAGCUCUGUAGAGAAGCGCUCGAUGUCCUGGAUGCAGUACUGAAAGCUCUGACUUCUCCAGCCAAUGAGGCUUCAGAAGAACAGUCCCAAGAAGGUGAAGACUCCCGGAGAGGAGAAGACAUGGUGGAGUAUUUAGACAUAGAGGAAACCGAACAGUCCAAGCUUCCCCAGUACCUGGAACAGUUCAAGGCCUUACUUUCUAAGCUGCAGGCUCUGGGCAAAGUUGAGUCCAAAAGCCUUUUGACUCUGACCACCCAACUUAUCAAGGACAAGCUCCCCACCUGUGAAGUAGAGGACAUCACCAACUAUGAGAAGAAACUGCAGCAGUGGCGUCUGGAGCAAGUUCAGCUGAUUCAGAGGGAACAGGAGCAGAGGGAGAAAGCGAAACAAGAGUAUCAGGCUCGGACAGCAGCAAAGGCAUCAGUCUAA